ACAGUAACCAAUCUCUUGCAUAGUAUAAAUAGAAUGCUCAUCUUGAACUAUAGACUAGCUCAAGAAAAAACCCUCCAAGCCUUCAAUUAUUGCUGAUAAACAAAGUCCAUGGACUCGGUGAGACACUCAUUCCAUCAUCAACUGCUUUUUUUUUCCUUAAUUUCCUUGUCCUACGUCUCUGGAACGCAAUUCAGCUUACCAAGGCUCGGAGCACUUCGAAGAACAAUCCGAAAUGAACUCGAUAUCGAAUCGAUUUCAUCACUUCCCAAGGAUUUCAAGACCUUCUUUUACAGCCAGACACUUGAUCACUUCAACUACAAACCCGAAAGUUUCACCUGCUUUCAACAAAGAUAUGUAAUUAAUUCUAAGUACUGGGGUGGUGCGAACACUAGUUCACCAAUCUUGGUGUAUUUUGGUGCGGAAGAAUCAUUGGAUUAUGAUUUAUCUGGAAUUGGUAUUCUCACGGAUAAUGCCCCUCGUUUCAAGGCUUUACUGGUAUAUAUAGAGCAUCGGUUCUAUGGGAAAUCCAUACCAUGUGGAUCAAGUGAAGCCGCUUUGAGAAACGCCAGUAUUAGGGGUUAUUUCACCUCAGCUCAAGCUAUUGCAGAUUAUGCCGCCAUUAUUCUUCAUAUAAAGAAAACAUUCUUCGCAAAGAAUUCUCCGGUGAUUGUCAUUGGAGGAUCGUACGGGGGAAUGCUUGCUGCGUGGUUUCGGCUGAAAUAUCCACAUGUUGCUCUUGGAGCUCUCGCAUCCUCAGCUCCAAUUCUUUAUUUUGAUGAACUUGCACCACAUGUUGGUUACUACGCAAUUGUGACGAAGGAUUUCAAAGAAACUAGUGAAAGUUGCUAUGAAACUAUCCGAAAAUCAUGGGAUGAAAUUGAUAAAGUUGCUUCAAAGUCUAAUGGUCUUUCAAUUCUCAGCAUGAAGUUCAAAACUUGCGAAAAAUUGAAGAGAAGCUUCGAUCUUAAGGACUUUUUAGAUUCAAUAUAUUCUGAAGUAGCUCAAUAUGAUCAUCCCCCAAGUUAUCCCCUUAAUAUCAUCUGUCGUGGCAUCGAUGGAGCUCCUAAAGGGACCGAUAUACUCGGCCGAAUAUUCGCCGGUGUUGUUGCUUAUAUGGGAAAUAACUCAUGCUAUGACAUGAACGAAUUCAACCGUCCAAAUGAUGAAACAUAUAUCGGUUGGAGAUGGCAGACAUGUAGUGAGAUGGUGAUGCCUAUAGGCCAUGAAAACAAUGAUUCAAUGUUCCCACCAUCGCCAUUCAAUCUAAACAAGUUCAUAAGGAAGUGCAAGAGCUUAUUUGGUGUCCGACCUCGGCCACAUUGGGUGACAACUUACUAUGGAGGCCAUGAUUUAAAGUUGGUUCUCCAUAGAUUUGCCAGCAACAUCAUUUUCUCUAAUGGCCUCAGAGAUCCUUACAGCAGCGGCGGGGUAUUGGAGAACAUAUCAGAUAGUGUUGUUGCGGUAUAUACAGUAAAUGGAUCUCAUUGCUUGGAUAUAUUACCAGAAAAGAAAAGUGAUCCAGUAUGGUUGAUCAAGCAACGAAAAACCGAAGUUGGGAUAAUCGAAAGCUGGAUUUCAAAAUAUUAUACUGAUCUGAUCAUGUUCAGAGAUAGAACCAGAGUUUCAUCAUGAAUAUGAGCUGCUCCAAAUUAAUCAAAAGAGAAUAAAUUAUGUGACCAUAUCAGAGUUGCAAUGUUGAAUAGUGAAAAUGCUGUACUGUAAGAAUAGGUUAUGAUGCUCAGACUACUGGCAUUUUAGCAUAGUCCAUGAAUGAGAUAAUACUAAUUAUGAAA